UAAAUUAACAGUGUUGGAAAUUUUAAAGAUAUUGUUUUUAUUAAUUACAAUAAAUUAAAUUUUACAUAAAAAAAAAUAAAAUGUGAAAAAAUAAUUAAAAUAUUACAUUACAUAAAUAAAAAAUUCAUUAAAUGAAAAAUAAAUUCUCAUUAAUUAAAUAGUAAAUGUAAUUUUACAACUUUUUUUCAACCAAAAAAAAAAAAAAAAAAAAUUUCUUAAAUUGAAAAACGAGUUUCGCGCAUACUCCAAUUUUUAAAAAAAGAAAAAGAAAACGUAAAAUCAUAUAAAAAAAUGUUUCAUUUCAAAAUUUAAAGCAAUAUACAUUGUAGGUACAAGAAAAUUUCAAGACUUCAGCAGUAAAUAAAAAAAAAAAUUUCAGUACACUGAGUAAAUUUCUUAGCUUUAUUAACGUGUGACCUAUCUAUCCGAAAUCAGAAUAUAAAUGUUAGCUUAAAAUCAAAUAAAAUUUAAAAUAAAAUAAAAAAUACUUAGUUGUUCUGCGAAAAAUUUUAAUUAUUAUUAAAAAAAUAAAACAAAUACAAAUUUGAAAAAUCUUAUUUUAAACAAUAAUUGUUAAUUUUAUUAAGAGCGCAUUUUUAAUUUAUGUAUAAAAGAUGAACAAAAUUUUACAAUAGAAUUUUUUUAUAUGAAAUUUUAUUGUUUAUUGCUAUUAUCAUUAUUAUUGUGAUGUAAAUUUAUAAGUUUCAAAAAAGUUUCAACUUGCAAUUUUGAUAAAUGUUUUUUUCAAGCAAUUUGAAAAAUUUAAAUUUUUGUUUUAUUUAAAAUAUAAGUACCUAUCUAUAAUAAAAAAAAAUUCCAUCCUCUUGUCAUUUUAUGUUAAAAAGUGUAAAAAAAAGUAAAAAAAAUGGGUUUAGAAUUUAUAAAAAUAAUGAAAAUUUUAAGUGAAAAUUUUAAGUUUCAAGAUAAAUUUGAUUCUUAAAUCAAAGAAUGAUCAAUUGAACAUGGAUAAUAAAAUUAAGUUUGCAAAGUCUUUGUAGAAAUGUUUGUGUAUAAUAAAUUUUAAAAUUAGCAAAUAAGGAAUUUGGAAGGAAAAAAAGGAUCAAAUUAAUUGUAAAAUGGCUGUUAGCAACAUUGUAUGUGAAUGGUUGCGUGCUUUAGGGCUAGGUCAAUAUGCCGAGAGUUUCUUGGAUAAUGGAUAUGAUGAUUUGGAAAUAUGUAAACAAGUAGGAGAUCCAGAUUUAGAUGCAAUUGGUGUUGUCAAUCCUCAGCAUCGUCACACAUUAUUAAAAAGUAUAAGACAAUUAAGGGAGAAAGGUGCUGCUAGUGUAUAUUUUAUGUUAAGUGAUCCAAGUUCAUUAUCAGAAAGUAUGGAAAUUUUAUGUGAACCAUCGGUUAGUGAAAUUGAAUUAAUAUUAAGACAGCAAUUAGAAGUUGAUGGAAUUCAAUUGACAGCACAUCCAUAUUCAACGCCGGAUGGUCAAAGAGGUCAUUUGGAAGGUUUAGCAUCAGUUUAUUGUGAAUUGUUAAUGACACCAUUCGGUGAUGUUUUAAGUGCUUUAGAAAAUACCAGACAAUUAGCAUGGGCAGAACGAAGUCCUUUAAAUCCUGCUGGACUCGGAACACAACAUGGCCACUGUGGUAGCUCACAUCAUGGAGGACUACCAAGUAGUCAUAGCCAACCAAUUUAUGUGCCAGGAAAAUACUCACCUUCCAGUUGUUUAUCUGAUAAAGAAGAGGAUGAAAUUUAUGGUUUUGGAUAUGGUGUAUUUGCUCCUAGAGUAACAAGAAGAGCAUUUCAGCAAAAUACUCUUCACCAGCAGCAACAACAAUUACAACAACAACAAAUUCAACAACAGCAACAGCAACUUUUACAGCAACAGCAAAUUCAACAACAACAGCAACAACUGCCACAACAACAAUCACAACAGUUACAUGAAAUUUCACAGCAACAAUCGCAGCAAAAUCAACAAGAACUUGUAACAAAUGCACCUAAUGUAAUAAAUCAAAAUAGCUGUUUAAGUCCGAGAUCAGCAUAUUUUUAUGAAUUUCCACCUACGACAGAAACCCGAGGCGAAACUAAGAAAAAAACAACAUUAGCCAGACUUUUAAAAGGAUUGAGGACAGUAAAUAGACGUGAUAGAAAUAAUCAAAAUUUAGCUAUUCAAAUGCGGGUAAAUGAUCGAACACAGCAAGGGCACAUAGGUAGCCGUGGAGAAGAAAUAACGCAACAAAGUUUUGAAGAAACAAUUCAUAGGCUCAAAGCUCAGGAAGCAAUGAGGAAAAAAGAAAAAUUUCAUAGAGAACAUGAAGAGAUAUUACGUGACAUUCGACAAGGACUUCUGCAAAUGAGUAAGGAAGGCAGAAUAGAUGAUACCUACAUGUAUGAUGAUGCAGUACAAGAAGCGUAUGGAUUACGAAAUAUUCAUUAUCAAGGACAUUGGUAUGAUGAACCACCAUAUGAAAGUGAUCCUGACGAUUUCCUUAUGUCAACCACUUUAGAUAAAUGCGGCCCAACUGCAACUAUACAGGGUGGACGUGUUCGUUUUUCUUCAAAUGCAACGGAAAACACCGGAGUUAUAUCAUUGAGAUCGGCUGGCGAUAUAUCGCUGUUGCAAAGAGGACCCCCAAGAAGAGGGCUCAUUGUACCACAAAAACCCCCAAAUCCACCUACAAUAAUACCAUUGACACAUGCAAGAUCUCACGAUAGAGAAAGCGGAGAUUAUGCUGGUUCUAUAUCAGAUUUGCAAAGUGUUAUUUCAAGGUUAAGCACGGUUUCAAUCGGCACAAACAAUUGUAACGCUCACUACACUACAAUAUACGGUGAUAUCGGGGAAUCUCCUUCUUUGUCCCCGAGUCCGUCUUCCGACUAUGAAGAUAUAAUGUUAAAUAAUCGUGGUAUGCUAUCCAAUAACAAGGAUACAAAAUUUAAGAAAAAUAGGUGUACAACCAUAAGUCCGAAUGCUAAAGUUCCUCAUACUAAGGAAUUAGGAAAAUCUCCAAAGAAUGUAGGUGGGGAAUGUGACGAUGGUAGAACUUUCAAAGCUACAAAAGUUACAUCAAGAGAUUUUAGUAACUCACAGGAGAAUACCGAUAAAGGUAGUAGUAGCGAUCAAGCAUUUGCCUAUUCUGCUAGUUCAGUAGAAAGUUUACCUAGUGCAUCUGGUUCAAGUACACAAGCUCUAGUACGUUCUGGUAGCCAUAGCUCACUUUCUACCGAAGAUAAAAUUUCAAUGACACCUAUAUGUAAAGUUAAAGCACUUGUUGAUAGUUUACCUAAUCCUUAUGACAAUGAAGCUCUUAUAUUUAAGAAAGGCGAUAUUAUAGAUGUGAUUACAAUGAAUGCUUCUGGAAUAUGGAAAGGUUCUUGCCAUGGUCGAACCGGUCAUUUCAAAUUUAUAAAUGUUGAAGUUUUGCCAGAAAAAAAGAUAGUUCCUAAAAAUAAUAGUAAAAAUUUUAAACGUUUGCCUAAUACAAAUGGGCUUAAUUCAAUUGAGGAACUUCUUUUUCGAAUUGGACUUAAAGAAUAUACCUCUGUUUUUAUCUUAAAUGGAUAUGAGGACUUAGAAUUAUUUAAAGAAUUAGAACCAACCGAUCUUGAUUAUUUAGGAAUUAUUAAUGCAGAACAUAGAGCAAAGUUAUUAACUGCGGUGCAGUUAUUACAUGACAUAGAAUGUUUAGAUGGGGACGUCGCUGAGUCUAGUUCUGAAAAUGAUGAAGCUCGUCUUCACAGUAUAAAUAAGAAACAUAAUCCAUCACCAUUUAAAAGAAAUCAUCUUCCACGUGAUUCUGGCUGCUAUGAAGGCUCACCUAUUCCAUCAUCUAUAGCAACAACUCAAACCAUAACUUCCACAGAUGAAUCAAAUAGUUUAGAUGAUGUUGUUGCAAAAUGUUCGAGUGAAAUUUUGAAACGUGUUGAAAAUGCCCGCCGUGCCAAAGAGGAAAAGUGUCAAAUUAAGGGGUUUUCACGUAUAGGGAAAAAGGGACUUAUAACAAAUAGUUUAGUAGGAGAUGAAACAUUAACACGGGGUGGUGCUUUAAGUGAAAAAUCUAGUGAUUCUGGUGUGAGUAGCAGCUCUCUUUCAUCAGGACCAAUUAAAAAUAGCUCUUAACA